AUGACCACAUCAAUGUCUUCUGGUGCGAUGAAAAUUGUCAUUGAUUUUUGUUGUUUUUUAUCAGUUGGAAUUGGAAUACUGUAUUUGAUGCUUUUCACUGAGCCAUAUGAACGUGGAUUUUUUUGUAAUGAUGAGUCAAUAAAAUAUCCAUUCAAAAUAUCAACAAUUUCAACUGAAGCAGCAGCUUUUUUUGCUUUUUUCAUUCCAACAUUUGGAAUGCUGAUUGGAGAAAUUUUUCAUGGAUAUAAAUCAACAAGUAAAGUAAAUCGAGAAUUUUGUAAACGAAGAGUUCCUACAUGGAUUGUUCAAGUCUAUCAAAAGGUGGGUUUAUUUGCUUUUGGAGGAUUAGUAACAAUUUUAAUGACUGAAACAGCCAAGAAUAGUAUUGGAAGAUUACGUCCACAUUUUAUUGACGUUUGCCAACCAAAUAUCGAUUGCAAAAAUGGCUCUUACGAGUUUCAAUAUAAAUAUCAUACUAAUUUUACAUGUCAAAAUGAAGAUAGAAAAAAAUUAUGGGAUGAUUCAAGAAAAUCAUUUCUUUCAGGCCACUCAUCUUGCAUGAUGUAUGGAAUGGUUUAUUUUGCUUUGUACUUGCAGUUGAGAGUUACAUGGAAAGGUAGCAAAUUAUUGAGACAUUCUCUUCAGAUUAUUUGUUUGUGGUUUUCAUGGUAUGUAGCAAUGUCCCGGAUCUCUGAUCAUAUGCAUCAUUGGAGUGAUGUUCUUGCUGGAAUGCUACUUGGAACAAUUGUUGCACUUAUUAAUGCUUUUUGUGUAGCUGAUUUAUUCAAGGAGAGACAAUGCGUUGAUAAGGAUCAUCAUCAAAGAUCACCCGCCGAACAAAACAUGUCAAAUGAUAUGACAGAUUCUCCUAUAAUGAUUUCUAAAUAAUAAAUCUAAGUAAAAAUAUUAUAUAAAAAUUUUAAUAUUUUUAUCAAUGA